CGCAAAGCAGGCGUGAGUCAGUCAGUGGUGUUCUAGCCAUGGCGGGCUCCUGGUGUCUGAAAGCGCUCUUCUGCUCCUUGCUCGUAGCUUUUUCCACAUGUGCGCCGCACGUAAACAAAGACGCGCGUAAAUUCGACUCAGAAGCACCAGUGGAGCCGAUAGCUGACAGCCAGCACGUGUACCCCUCAUUUGCCCUGCCCCUGGGUCAUGGGCAGCCCCGUCAGGCGGUGGCCGAUCCCCAUGCGGUCCCCGAGCUGAUCCCGGACAGCCAACACUACUUCCCUUCCUUCUCUUCGAUCUUCUCCAACAACCCCCUUGGGCACUCGCGCCCCCCGGUUUACGAUGACCCCCCUACCAACCACCGGCCCAGACACAUCCCCUAUGCACUGCAACAGGCCAACUCCUUCGAUGCAUUCGCCUCCACCAACAAGGACAAAGCGACUUCCAAAGAGCAGCCGACCACUGACCACAGUGUCCUCGGCUCGGGCAACUUUGGGGUCAUCAAAGGAGGCACUUUCUACGAGGACGACUACGAUUCCGGAAGCAGCAACGACGACUUUUUCUACUACGGUGGCGGACGUCCCUCUUACAGUUACAACUACCGUCCGAGCCACGGUGCCGCCUCGAAUGGUGACGACUUCUUCGCAAACUUCCGCGACUUUGCGGAUAUCACGGCACCCAAGCAGGGCGCCUUUUCGGAGCUCCACGUCGUCUACGCUAACAAGAACGGCACCCUUGCAGAUGUGCCUGCCGGAGGUGCACCCAGGAACAUCUUUGAGCAAUUGCAGCAGUUGGAGCAGAAGCCGCCCAAGAAGGUGAGCAAAUCCAAGAACAAGCUGACCAAGUACCAGCAGAAGGAGGCCUCCAAAGUGGAGUGGAAGAAACUCAAAUUCCAGCAAUCUCCCAAAGACUACAUGUACCAGGAGCCGCUGCUUGCGCUCAGUUGAGAGCGACAACAAUUCUUACAGUGAUCCGAAGACUCUUUGUGCUGCUGAUUGAUUGCUUGGUUGAAAAUGCGUUUGAGAGUCGAGUUUUUUUUAAAGGCCAUAAAAAGAUUUGCUUUCGUAGGAAAAGACGCGCAGCAUUUUUUUAAUUGCAAAUAAAAAUAAACUUGGCAAGUUAAUCUGAGCAAUAUAAUUUUAGUGUUAACGAUAGUUCAAAAUACAAAAUGCUUUGUCUUGCAAAGCGUAUUGCAAAAUGAGUUUAAAAUUUUAUGACCCACCACUAUUAGUUUAUUCCCUGUAAUGAGCAUUUUACAACAAGUUCUAUUCCCGGACCAUUUUAUUUGUUGCUGCCGCGAGGAAGCAACUCGGUAGUUACAAGUAAGUGAAACCCCACCAGAGAUUUAAACUAAAACUAAUGGCCUGGUAAUACAAAAUGUUGCAAAUAUGCAGAGAAAAAUACGCGCCUUUUGCCUCCGAACGUAUAUCUUGCCAAACAAACGAAAACAAACGUAAAUUCAUAGUUUACUAGGGGCUAAAUUUGCUGAUAUCCUGGUUGCGCCUGGUUGUAUUAACUUCAUUCAUCGCUCCCAUUAUUAAACCGCACGAAGGUACAAUUACUCGCAUGCAUCGUCUACUUAAUUUGAGGUUGUUUUCCCAGCGAUAAAUUAUACAAGUAUAUGCUGAGCAUACACAAAAGAUGUUGGCGAUCAGGAUGUACAAAACAAAUGAAAAGACAGUGAGGCAAUUUUAAUUUUUCACGACUGCAAAAGUUGGUAAAUGAGGAUCAUGAUCGCCAGCAGCAAAAACUGACACAACAGGAAUGAAUAUUAAAUUUUGCAUUUAUGAACGGCAGACAAAUGAAAAAUACGAAUUAUCUCAUCCUGACGAUUUUCAUUGCGUGGGUUUUCCCCACUUCUUAAAUACGUUGGCAAUGAGAGAAAUGACGUGUUUCUGUAAAUAAUGAUAUUGUGUGUAAAUAUUAGAGUAUAUGAUAGUGCUUUAUAUGACUAAAAAUAAAUGAAUUAGCUGAAGCUAUCGAAAUAUUUUUGUAGUUGACAAUAAAG